UUCACAUCCAAACAAAAGUGCCACACCCAUUUUUUUCUAUGUGGUUCUUAUUAGUGCGAUGUGUUUGUUGAGAGUAUUAAGUUGAAGUUUACAUUAAAUAAUUUUUUGUAAUAGAAAAAUAAGAAGUUUUUAUAUUAUUGUUGUGGCUUACGCACGACACAAUUGCUUGUAUAUCCAUUCUAAGUGGGAAGUUCUGAGCGAAAGAUUUAUUAUUAUAGUACUUAUAUUAUCGGCCAAAUGUUAAGGUCGAACUAUUGGAUACGAGUGUUUUAAUAUUAUUAAAAUUAUUCAAUGUAUUAUAGGUAGCGACAGCUGGCCAGUCCGGGCACCAUCAAAUUUAGAAUUCUAAACAAUUACUAUUCAUAAUUUGAAUUGAAUUCAAAAUCAAUUUUAGGAUAAGAUUUUAGACCUAGAUCUUUCAAGUACUGGACACAUUAUAGUAUAAAUUAGCAAUGCAAAAUACAAAGAAAAUUCCGGAAUUCAGUCGAUGUGAAUCAACUAAAUACGAGUAUAAGAAAUCGUCGUAUGCGGAGAUUUAUGAUGUGCUACAAUCCUUAAGGAAAGAUGAGAUUCUUUGUGAUAUUAAAAUAGAAAUAGACGAUGGUGGAGUUAUAUUCGGCCAUAAAGUGGUUCUAGCAUCGGCUAGUCCAUAUUUCCACGCAAUGUUCACAAACUUUUCAGAAAAGAACCAAGAUCUUGUUCUUAUCAAGGAGUUGGACUCUAGUGCAUUACGGCUUUUAAUAGACUUUGUCUAUUCUGGUGAAAUCUCCAUCACUGAAAAAAAUGUACAGUGUUUGUUGCCAGCAUCGAAUCUUUUGCAGUUACAAGAAGUCAAAAAUGCAUGUUUUGAUUUUCUACAGGCACAACUAUGGCCUACAAAUGUUAUUGGGAUAAAUGCGUUGGCUGAUUUACAUGGCUCUAUGCAAUUGUUAACAAGUUCAGAAUUAUAUAUUCAACAACUUUUUUCUGAUGUCGUAGAAGGAGAUGAAUUUCUGUCCUUUUCAUCGGAACUAAUGGUUAAGUUGAUCUCUAGUGAUGAACUUACCGCUCCAUCUGAAGAAAAAGUAUGCAAUGUAUUUGAAAUUGUUAUUCGAUGGGUAAAACAUGAUUUGGAUUCCAGAAAACAAAUUUUGCCCCAAUUAAUGGAACAUGUGCGUUUACCAUUAAUAUCGAAAGAUUACAUAUUAAAAAAUAUAGUUGAUGAACCUCUUCUUAUUAAUUGUUCUAAAUGUAAAGAUUACGUAUUUGAAGCAUUACGUUUUCAUUUAAUUAAGCCAGACAAACUUAUCACAAUUCCUCAUAACAUCCGGACAAAAGCUAGACAGUCUGGUGGUACACAUAAAGUAAUUUUUGCUGUUGGUGGAUUGGGUUAUGACCAUAUAUUAAAUACUACAGAAUGGUAUGACCCAAAAAUCAACCAAUGGCAGCCUGGACCAAAAAUGUUUUUACCACUUGAGGCACCAGGUCUAGCUGUAGCUAAUGAUAAUUGUGUGUUUCUAAUGGGUGGAAAUUCUGGACAAAAUUCGGAAACUUCAAAAUUGGUUCAUUGGCUAGAUUUGUCUUCAGAAUCACCUCAUUGGAGACCAACCAACAACAUGUUAGUCAAACGACAGGAUUUUGGAGUUGGUGUGAUCGAUAAUCAUAUAUAUGCCAUUGGCGGAGCAGAUCAUGAUCGAAAUUAUUUGAAUAGUGCAGAAGCUUUCGACUGCAGAACUCAAAAAUGGCAAAUGUUAGCUAGUAUGUCUACUAGAAGAUUUGCUGUUGGAAUUGGAGUACUGAAUAAUCUUUUAUAUGCGGUAGGAGGAUCUGAUUCAAAGAAUAAAUUAAGCUCCGUAGAAUGCUAUCAUCCCGGUCUUGAUAAAUGGACUACAAUUGCAGACAUGUGUGUAAGUCGCAAUGGAGUGGGUGUUGGAGUUUUGAAUGGUGUACUGUAUGCUGUAGGUGGUGGUGAUGGACAUAAUGUUCAUAGAAGUGUUGAAGCAUACCAACCAAGUAUAGGAGUUUGGACUACUAUUCCGGAAAUGCAUUUGUGUCGAUGUGAUCCAGGAGUAGCGGUAUUAGAUGGUUUAUUGUAUGUUAUCGGUGGUUACGAUGGUACUUUUAUUUUGGAUUCUGUAGAAUUUUACAACCCCAACACCAAUACCUGGUCCAUGGUUACAGCGCCAAUGAAUGAUGCACGGUUUGGAGGAAGAGCUGUAGCCAUUGAUAUGCCUCGAUAUUUAAAAAAUUGUUAGCAUUUAUGAUAUUUUUUUUGAUUCAAUACAUUACUACUCUCUCAUAUUAUAUAAUAA